UGUAAAUGCAUAACUAAUGUGUUGCUUUUUCCUGUCUAUGUUACCUCUUAUUAUGUUGUUUCAUGGCCUGGUUGCCUGUUUUAUUUUGUAUACUUCUCUGUCAGUCUCUACAGUUCCCACCCUUGUGUGUUUCCCGCCCCUUUGAUUAUCCUCACCUGGUCCCCACUUCCUUACCUGCCCCUGCUGUUCCUGCUUGUCCAACCUGUUUAAUUACUGCCCCUGUUCCCCUUUGCUUUCUGCCAGAUGGUUUAGUAUCUCCUCGUGUGUGUACACUCUUUCUGUGAAUGUCUCUUCAGUUCCGCUGUAAGGUGAGCCACACAGCAGCAGCAGACUUAAUGUCUCCCGUUUUGCUCUAUAACUCUGAUACUCCCUAGCUGCCCUUUUAUAGGCCACUAGUUGAAGUUAGGCUCAUUGGGAUAUAUGCUACUCAGAUGGGUAGAUGGAUUAUCGGCCAUUCACUGAGUGCAGUAGUGUUGGGCUCUUGAUUAUCUGAUAGUAAUAUCUGUUUUGUAACAUUACACAUCCACAGCCUGUGUUGGCCAUAACAAUUUCAAAGCACAAUCGAGAUAAUAUUUCAAGGUGUUCACUGAGUUGUGUGGUGGUUUUGUGUCAUUAUACACAGGCUGAAUAUCCUACAUACUGUGUAUUUUGUUUUUCAGAUUACUUGAUUAGUAUAGGACCCAAACCUGAUGUUGUGUCCACCCACUCUCUGGCUCUGAGAGGUGUGAUCCUCUGGUCCUCCUACGCCAGACAACCACCCACCCACUAGUUGGCCAGCAUAUGUUUCACCUCUGCAGGAAAUAAUAUUGUUUAUAUUACUGUAAAGUGGAAGGUUUUGUCACUAGGACCAGAGAGGUGUCAUUUUUUCAACUGAAAUCAGACAGGUCUCUGAUAAUCACUUUGGCUUAGUGUCACUUUCAAGUCUUUGCAAUAUGUUGCCAAUGAGCAAAUUAUCGCUACACUACAUAGCAUCUACUUUUCCCCAUAUGGUGCAUUUACAUCAGCAUCAAAGACCAAGAUGGGUCAUGAUCUCCCUCUCAUAUGUGUCCCCCUUUGGUCAUGUGAUGAUACCUGAGCCAGCUCUAUUUAUUGAACGUGUGCCUAAAAGCUCUGAAAAAUGGGUAAGUGGACCUUCAAGCUGACAUUAUAAAAAAUGUAUAUGUAUUUAUUGUCCCUGGUUAGUUACGCAGUUUGCUAUGAACAAGUGAUUUUAAGUGUAUAAAAACUGCUCUUCCAAAUUAACUAUACCCAAGCAUCAAUAAACCAACAUCAGGACAGCUGACAUCCUGUUAUUUUUCACAGGAAAUUCAAGCACUGAAUUUGCUGAUGAUCUUGUAACGGUGCCAUUUCUAAAGGCUCAGUCCACAAUUCUGAUGCAAAUAAAAGACAGGAACGGAACCACAGGUUAAAAUGCACUGCUACUACGCACUGCUACUCAUUUACAAGCAAGUAUAAACUGUAAAUAUAAAUGAAUCUGCAAAGUGCGUCUGACUGGUGAUUAACAGUUGGUAUCCACUACAGCGCAUAACUAUUGUAAAAAAAAAAAAAAAUAAAAAAAAUCUCACACUGCUGCUUUAAAUAAGAGUUCAACCCAAGGCGGGGUCCUUUGAAAAAAGAGGUUUGUAUUUACUUUGUCAGCAAAUCAUUUUACCUUCAUAAAAACAGUUAGAUGUAACACUCGGAAACUCAGUGUGGGAGUGAAAACCAGGGAGGGGAAAGACACUGAACACAAAUCUGAGAGAUGUCAGUGGCAUUUAACAGCAAGUCAGAGGAGGGUAAAAGAGACAGCUGUACUCUGAUGGCUCCUGAUGACAGAUCAAAAUCUGCAUGGCUACCUCAAAGUCUAGAUGGCCGUGCUAUCAGUCAUUGGAAAAAGCUUCAAGUUGGUCUGAUGGAGUGUGAAAACCUGGUUUAUAAUCUGACAAAAGACAGAGAUGCUCUGAGAGAUGAACGAGAGCAGCUGAAGAGAAAUUCCAGCAGCCUGAAUAAAGAAUUAGACGUGCUACAGAGCCAAUACAAGGCUGUGGCUGCAAGUCGAGACAAACUACAAGAGGACGUCAGAAGGUUAAAUCACAGCAAAACAGAGAGAAAUUGCCACCAAGGAUGGAUAAAGUUCAACAACAAGUGCUACUAUGCCUCUGAUAAAGGAGCAGCUAAAACCUGGGAAGAAAGCAGAAAAGACUGUCUACAGAGAAGAGCUGAUCUGGUGAUUAUAACCACAAAAGAUGAGUUAGAUUUUGUUUCCAAAAUUUACACCAGAACCUGGAUUGGUCUGUCUGACAUGCAGCAAGAGAACAAAUGGAAGUGGGUGGAUGGGUCUGACCUGAUAGGAGGGGGAUUCUGGCAAAGCGGAGAACCCAAUAAUAGCGGAGAUGAGGACUGUGUGGAGAUCUCACGUUCAAAUGGGGAAUGGAAUGAUGCACUUUGUAGUAUUGAAAUACCAUGGAUCUGUGAGGAUUAAGGUCCCUUGGUCAGCCAUACAAAUUGGUUUUUCAGCUGAUGUGAUUCAGGCCCUUCCAUUAUGUUGUAGAGUACAACACAUAUGUUCAUAUUUAUACACAUUAUCUUACUGCUUCCCAAAUGUCAACUGCCAGGGUUGAAGUUUAGGCUCUUUGCAUUGAUUACCAUUGAUCUUCUUGGACAUAUAGAAGAUACUAGACUGUCUGCUAACAACUGUUAUUGAGUAAUUUUACAUUUUCAUAACAAGCAAGCCUUUCAGACAUAGCCUACUGUUUUUUUUCCUAUUUCAUAUAUCAAAUAAAAUGGCAAAGGUGAUAUAUCCAUUAAAAAUGAUACAGAAAAUUCACAAUAUUUCUUAUUUCUAUUUUCUGCCUGAAGUAAAAUGUAUGUGUACAAAAUGUUUUUUUUCCCAUUUCUUCUUAAAUAAAUAAUAAAAUAUUUA